AUGGUUCGCCACCAUCAACUGAUACCUGAUACCUCUCAUAUAUCAACGUGCCCUUGCCCACAUUUGUCUCCAAGAACCCAGCAUGACCAAACAUCAGCGUCCUGGCCAAUGCUGUCCACUAUGCGGGUUGGGUAUUUAUUAAUGCCCGUUUCGGAGCCAAGCGUCUACACAUUCCCCGACGACAAUGCUCUGGCAAGGGCGUUGCGAUCCUAUAUCUACGACGCGCAGACCGUCAGUUUUACCCGACGCAGGAGAUUCAAUGUCGCCGUCUCGGGAGACGCUCUGCCCAAGGUCCUCGCCACUGCGCUACUCUCGCAUGCCUUGGCGAACCCUGGUGAUGAGAUCGAGAUCCACAAUUGGUCGAUUUUCUUCACGGACGAGCGCGCUGUCCCCUUAGACCAUUCGGAUUCGAACUACGCGCUUCUUAAAAAGGAGCUGUUGGAUAAGCUUCCCGCUGACAAGCAGCCUAUAAUACGGACCAUCAACCCAGCGCACCUGGGUGAUGUGCAAACGCUCGCAUACGAGUAUGAACAGGUACUCGUCGCUGACUUCGCAAAACGUGAUGCGGUCCGCCUGCCAAAGUUCGACCUGGUGUUGCUUUCCUGCGGCCACGACAGUCAAACGUGCGGUCUCUUUCGCAGCCACAUGCUCCCGAACCUGUCAAGCUCAUGGGUGACAGCGUUCGAUAGUCCGCCUGACUCCGCUCGCAUAGCCUUAACAGCUCCCGUUAUUGCCCAUGCCAUGCGGAUCGCCGUGGUCGCCACCGGAGUGACUAACGAGCGCGUCAAGAGGCAAAUUUCUACUGAUUGUCUACCGUGGCCGUUAUUGAACAAGAUGGCCGGCGAUCGGUGCCGUUGGUUUAUUUGUUGA